AUGUACAUGCAACGGCGAUACAAGACAUGCCAUGCCGUUGGCGACGUCAGCGGGCAUUUUGCCUUGCAAGGCCAGCUCACAGACGUCGACGCCGCCUGUCCUGUCGGGCAAGGCGAAAGGCGGAGGGCUGUGACGCGCCGUGCAUGGAGGCACCUUACUAAUGCUCAUGUACAUGUACAUAAACGGGCACAAGAUGGCAAUGGGCAGCGAGAGGAGCUCCCUCUCAGUGCAAGCCUCAGUUUGGGGGUCGAAAAAGGGCUGCUGUCAGCAGAGCGCAACCUCACACCCUCUGCUCGCCCAAAAGGCGUCUGUCUGAUGCUGAUUGGACAUUCGCCUGCUACACAGAUUGUCCAAUACGGAGACGCAGCUGUCAGGGAAAUCCCAAGCGACGCUCACAGGCGAAUGAGGCGGCAUGGCGGCCACUCGGUUCCACAUGACACUUUACAGCCCGUUGAGAGCACCGGUGGCGCUAUUUGA